AUGCAACACCAUUCAAAGAUAACAGUCAUAUAUGUAUAUGCACCAAGUUCUGCAUCAUCAGAAGAAGACAUUGAAGCAUCCUAUAGCGAUAUUGAAAUAACAAAAGAUGAUAUUAAAGAUAGAUGGACACAGUAUUGUAGUAGUCUGUAUAAAGGUCCUGGUGGUGGAGACGAGGUGGUUGAAGAGCUUGAAGGCAUCGCCCCUCUGAUAGUUGAGCAUACCAACGAUAUCCAGUAUUCUGAAGUCCAAACAGGACUACGUGCAUUAAGAAGAAAUAAGAGUUCAGGAUCACACGGAAUUUCAGCAGAGAUGCUACAAGCUGAAAGAGAACCACUAGCACGUGAAAUAUAUCAGCUCUGUAACAAAGCAUGGCGUGAAGAUACAAUUCCAGAAGAAUGGGGCAAAUCUAUUUUGAUACCUUCACCAAAAAAGGAGAUCUUAGCAACUGUUCUAAUUAUCCAACGGUCUCACUUAUCAGUCAUACAGGAAAAGUACUCCUAA